AUGAGUAUGAAUGCAGAGAUAAAAGAAUUAAGAGAGACAGUAAGAGAGAAAAAACAAGAAAGCAAUAAAAAACGAGGGGGAAGGGUGAAUAGGAGGAGGGGAACUAGGAAAAAAGCACAUCGCGCACUAAUUAAUUUAAUACUAUGUGAAAGGUUAUCCGAUCAGAUUUAUUUACAAUUGGAUGGAGGCAAACAAUACUGUUUUCGUUUAUUGAAUGCGACCAAUCAAGUUGGAUGUCAAUCAAAAGAAGAAGGAAACAUUGGUGUUGUUGUCUAUAUUUCUAACAAAAAACAAUUUGCUGAACUUUAUUCGUUGGAUGUUGUACGAUUUCUAAAAAACCAAAGAAUCCAAGGAGUAUUAUUGUUAAAUGAAUUAGCGAAUAGGACCAUAAUAAAUUUUCCUUAUUCAGAAGAUUCUGCUUGUCCAAAUGACCGCUUUGGUUUAUAUAAUGGAAGCUGUAAUCAGUGGAAUCGUGAUGGUGCUAUUUUAUCAGAAGGAAUUCGCUUUAUUGACUGGCAAAAGCCAAUUUUUCUAAUCGAAAAUCUCACAGAAAUAGAAAUAAUAAGAAAAAAGUGUUAUGAAGCUUUCAAUAAGAAAGGUAGCUUAAAAGGUAUGCCGCUUUGUUCAGCACGAUUGAAACUUUUUAUGCGCGCAGCUGGUAAUGCUAAGAUAUGUAUGCGUCGACAAGACUUUUUCUAUAGUUUUUCAGAAUCCAAUAUAGCAUUAUGUGAUCCACUAGAGGAUAAAAAUGUUUUUUCUAUAAUGCCACCGCCAAUUAAAUAUUCUGACAGUGAAAAGCAAUUUAAAAUUUUCAUACUUGCUGCAAGGAUGGAUUCAUUUAGUAUGAUGACAGAAUCUGCUGUUGGCGAUAUUUCCGUUUUAACCUCAUUAAUCAGCUUAUUGGCUGUAGCAAAGGCUAUUGGUGAUGAUCCAAAGGAAUUCAUAAAUGCUGGGAAUUCAUCGAAACGCGCAGUGAUGUUUUCAUUUUUUCAUGGAGAAUCUUUGGGAUAUAUCGGAAGCAGUCGCGCAGUCGCUGAUAUGAUCAGCAAGAAUUUUCCAGUGAAAUUAGACGAAUUUGCUCUUCCAAAACUUUCUUCUAUUGGAAUUAAUGAUAUCGAAGUUUUCGUCGAGAUACAACAGCUCCAUGGCUCAGAAAAUGGCCUUUUUGCACAUGUCGACGGUGAAGUUUAUACAAAUAAGAGAAAGAUGAUUGAUAAACUCAUCGGCUCCGCCAAUAAACUAUUAUCAGAAUUUUUUCCUGAUUAUCCUGCUCUUUCGAUUGCCAAUAAUACAAAAGAUUCGCAGAUACCUCCAUCAUCAUAUCAAACAUUUUUAAAAGAAAAUCGUAACAUCUCUGGCUUUAUCAUUUCUCCUUUCGACAACAAAUAUUCAUAUCGACGAAUAAAUUCAUUCGCUGACCAGAAUGUAUUUGGAAAUAAUAGCGAAAAAAUAAGAAAAGAAAUUUUCGCGUCUGCAACAAUUGCUUUGGGUGCAAUAAUUGAAUUUAUUUACGGUAGCCGACCGAAUUCAUCUUUCGGUUAUAAAAUUGAUGAAAAAUUCGUUGAUACUCUUUUUGAUUGUUUCAUUACAUCGCCUGAUUGGUAUUCUUGUGACUUUUUCGUACAAAUUCUCAAAAAUCGAAGGAUUAAACCCGAGGAAGGAACAAAGUCGACCUACAUUUCUAGUAGUCAUAUUUAUCCAUCGCUUAUUCGUUUGUUGAUCGAAGCUCUUCUUAUUCAUUGCCUUGGUUUCAAGGAUGUUGUCAAUGUAACAGAUUAUGCUCAGUGUAAUGAUCUUAAUAAGCACCAGCAGGUCUAUCGCUUUACUUGGCAGACUGAUCCCACUAUAAAUUUAACAAUUUGCUAUCGAACCGCCAUAUACCAAACGCGAGCCAUAUCGCCUGCUUUCGAUAAUGGUUAUGAAAUUCAAUCGGAUUUUUAUUCCACAUGGGUGGAAAGUGUGUGGUCACCGCCGGAACUGGUCUUAUUUCUCACUUCAUAUCCUUCUGUCCCCGAUUUUGUUGUUUUUUUGGUGGGAUUAUUUUUUUGUACCUUAUGUUUUCUCAUUAUGGAAUUUAUUUAUUGGACCAACAAAGAAUCAAUUGAACCUCGUGCACCUUCAUUUGAUGCUGAUCUCAAUGCUGCUCCUCUUUAA